CGCCUGACCAAACACGCACUUGGCAACAAUUUGAAAUCGAUCAAUUGCUGGUGCUUGCCUGCUUGGUUAACGGGGAUGUGGCGGCAAACUAGUGUGCUAAAUCACGAUUCUGAUCAGAGCAUUUCCGAGGAAGAGUUCGAUUGUGAUUCGCUCGACAAUUGUGUGUCCUUAGGUGUUCAUGCCGACACAGCGGGCUGCUCCUCCGCUGGAGCGGUUCGUCCCUCUGACUAUGAAGGAUUUCAGCUUCAAUCACGACUUCUGAAACUGAGAGGUGAUCAUGGAUUGAACUUGAGGACUUUAAGCAAUUUGUCCCAUGAGGAGCAAAAGAGUUUCCCUGUUGAAGAUGAGCUUGAAAUGCCUGACUUCCCUGACGAGAGUAACUUUAUCGGCUAUUCAAAAAAAGAUGCUGCUAUGUGCAACUCAGCUGAAGAAGUAAUUUCACAUGAUGAGAACAAUACAUUUCCAAAGUAUUCAGCCAGUGAGAAAAUCAAUGAAGUCAAUCUUUGUAGCUCUAGAAGUGAAUUGCAAGAUAGGUCAUGCACGUGGGCUGCUGCAAGUAAAGAAGCUGAGGCACUAAUCCAUUUGAAUGACAAUGCUUAUUGUGCACCGUCCUACACAGCAAAAAGACCUUCUAAAGGCGUCAGAAGAAAAGCCAAACCCAGAUUUUCUUUCCAUUUCCACUCAAUGAAUGAUGGAAACUCUUUGCCUUCUAUAAAAGAUGAGAAUGACAUGUCAUUUGAUCUUCAUGAAGUGCCUGAAAGAUCGGAGAACAUUGAACAAGGUACUGCAGACAGCCCAAUUGAUGAGCAUCCUGAAGACGUUCCUGAAAAAGGGGCAAACCAUUUGGAAAAUACGUCAACUGAAUCAGAAACUCUUGCACAUGGUUGUAUGGAGCAUUCAAUGACUGAUCUUUUGCAUGGACUUCAGGAUAAUGCUGUUCUAGUUAGAGGAAAUUCUAAAAUGUAUAGCAGAACAAGAGGAGGAAGGAUACAGCUUGUUGAAAAGAGAAGUUUAUUGUCAUUCAAGAAUCGAAUCAUUGAUAGUGAAGACCAACCUGAGCCUCUCAGCAGUGGAUCAUCAAGUGAUAAUGAGGCCAAUCAACAUUUGAAGUUUGAUGUCUUGGAGAUGAAAGGACAAACCAUGACAGAUCGAUUUCACCAAGCUUUAGGUGCUGCCUCUUUUAGUUGUGAAGGGGCCCUUUUCGUAGCUCCUAAAACAUCAGGUAUUGGAUUAUUUGGGAAGUUGCAGCAGGUCAUCCAAAGUGAGAAGGAUCAAGAUGCCGAUUUUUUAAAGUCACAAGUGGAGUGUUGCUUAAAUAAUGAACCAAACUGCAUCGAUGUAAAAAUCUUAUCAAGAUACCUAGAUGCAAAGUUGAUAGUUUGCCGCUGCUUUCUUGCCAAGAAUAUAGAGGGCUGCCAGGAGCAAGAGAGCUCCAAUGCAAUCACGAAUGGAGAAAAUAAGACAGUUGUUUUUCAUCCAAGAGUUUGUAGUAAUGUCGACCUUGAAGUUGGAAACUUGAUUCGUAUUCACCCUCCAUGGAAGGAGAUGCAAGUGAUGGCCACUGGCGAGAACAUUAUAUUAUCUACAUAUUUUUACCAAAUUUCAGUUUGACCACUAGCGGGCUUGUCCGAUGGAGUUGAGUAUUCAUACCAUUUUCCUUGCAUAACAUGUGAAUAGUUCAUCUUCUUCAAGAAUCAUGCAGUUCUCUGUGUUUAGUGCCUGAAGCUGUUUUUCAAUUUACAAAGUGAAAGCGUGGUGGAAUGUAUGGCUAACUCUACUCGUCUCUCAAGAUCUUUCGCAUGCCAUAUGAACACCGAUUAGGGAUAGAAAAUAUGAUCAUCUUUUGUAGAUGCUUCAUUGAUUUCGCCAUUUCGGCUUUGUCGAAGCAUUUUGUCCUUGAGAAUUCUGAUAUUGCACCAUGGAAAACAGGACAAUUGCAUUUGUGCUUCUAUUACAGGUGUAUUUAGUUAA